CACUCACCAUUACGAUAUCUUUCUAGCUUGCUUUAGAAUACUUUCUACCAUAUACUCAACAAAAGACAAAAGAAAAAAAACAUACAUUAUUUAAGAGAAACAAUCAAGUAUAGGCCAUAAUAACCAAUAGAGUCAUGGCCUCGUCAUCAUCCAGCUUGCAUCUCCCUUCGUCGCCCACAAAGUCAUCGCAAAGGACCCACGAUCACUUUGACCCUCAGCAAUCCUCAUCUGGUGAUCUCACCGUGAUUCGAUCCGAUACAUCCUCCUGCACAACUAAGAGUGAUAGUAAUAACACAGUAUCCACAACUGUGUUGACAACCGCCAUGGCUACAACUACAGCAGUUACAAGACCAAUCACCAUUGCAAUGCCUGGACAACAACAGCAGCAGCAGCAACAGCAACAACCCACAACCACAACAACUCUGUCAGUCAAUCCUCCAAUUCCACUUUCAACCUAUAUCUCACUAUCACAGAUUGCUAUCUCAUCAGCACUCAAGGUUGCGAUGGUCUCGACAAGUAUGUCGCUCGGAGUAGCCAGGACAAUUGUCUCGGGACUGGACAAGAUCCUGGGAAUCGCCGUCAAAGGAGCCACUGGACAAAAAUCCGAUGGGGGCAGUAGUGGGGUUACGCCUGCCUUUGUCGCUUCUUUACCCUUUCGUGCUGCACUGUUGGGAAUCAACUUCAGUGAUGUGUUAGUUCAAACCAUACUUGAGACUGUGGACGGAUCCGUCAAUUUAGCGCUCACAACUAUUCAGGAUGGUCUCGACUUGAUGGAUACACUUUUUGGAUCUGAUAGUACCUCCCAGACGGGCGAAACUUUCCGUGAAGUGUGGGCAAUCUUGAAUCGUGAAUUCACACAGGAUGAAUCCAACGGUGGAUACCCAGCCUUAGAAGGAAUGCGUUUGUUGAUGGCGUAUGUUGCUAUCCAGUUCGCAACAUCGGAAUUAUGGGAAGGCAUUCGAGUUAGGACUCAAGGUCGACUGAUUGGUGAAUGUUUGGAGUCCAAAGAUGAGGAGAUGGGCUCGAGCAAUGCGUGGUCUGCACUCGCUGCUUGGCCAGAAGAAUGGACACGAGGCCAUCUAGCCCUGACAGAAGAAGAGUUGCUGGAGGAACAGAGGAUUUUCGAGUUAAGGGAGCGUCAAGAGGGCCGUAAUGCAGCAUCCUGUAGAACACCCAAUAUGGAGUUGACCAACUUUUUGGCCGCGUCUUAUCGAUUCUCAAGAUUCUGUUCUGCCAUGUAUGGAUCAACAAUUUUGGAACUGAUGGGUGCCCCAGAACGAUACCCUCCUCCACCCCCUAUCUCUGUCUCAAGCGCUUCUUCAGCUUCUCUACAACCCGGCUUGUCCCCAGCCUCGCCUCCAUCCUCAACACUACCACGGACGGCCACCAAUGAGUCGGAUCAUCACUUCUAUUGCUAUACAGGAACACCAUUAGGAUCCAUCUUGUAUUCAUCCGAUACGGCGGCGACGGUUCAGGACGGUUACUAUAGCCCUCGCUAUUACCUUUUGGAUGACGUUGAGACCAAGCAGAUUGUACUUGUCCUGCGUGGCACUAAAUCAUUACAUGACCUUAUGAUUGACUUGACAUGUGAUGCUGCUGAUUUAUGGCUCGACCAUGACACAACGCCCUUAGUGGAUACCCAAGGCAACGUAGUUCCUCAACUCAACAAUAAUGAUGACAAUGGUCAACAGAAUCAGAGAAGAAAGCGCCCAUUCAAAGUUCAUGGUGGAUUUCUAAGGGCAGCAAGGACAAUUGCCUCUGCAGAUACGAUCGGCAUUCAAGAGAAAAUCAAGGCCGCAUUGGAGGCUCGACCAGGUUAUUCACUAUUGUUGAUUGGUCAUUCACUUGGUGCGGGUAUUGCAUCGAUCUUAUCCAUGCUCUGGGCAGAUCCUGCCACGGGCCUCACACCCGAAAUCCCCAACCAUACGAGUGCUUGGGGAUAUGGCAGAGGCAAGCCAGCCACUCCCUCAACACCUAUUGGUACGGGACUAGCUUCUGGUUUAGGACUGAAGAUUGGAUUGACAGACGAAGAUAGAGCCAGGAUGUAUUUGCCUGGAUACCUCCCUCAAAACAAUGCAGAGUUCUUCUUGCCACCAGGUAGACGCGUGAGAUGUUAUGCGUACGGAGUUCCCAAGGUCAUGUGCCCACGUAUGAGCAAGCGUGCCAUCAAGUUGGUGACAAGCAUUUCGUAUGGUGAUGAUGUUGUUGGCAGGUUAUCUUUGGGUAGUGUCCGCAACAUUGGCCAUGCUAUGCGUGCACUCCUUGCCAUGCGACCCCCUGCACCCCCCUCACCACCUGCACCCCCCUCACCACCUGCCUCUCCUCCACUGGAUGCAACCACUGUGUCGACUGAUGUUGAAGUCCUUCAUGAUUCCUCUGAGACACUAGAGGAGCUUUUGGAGCAAGAGGGCAUGGCCAUUGAUCGAGAACGUCAGCAGCGCGAGGAUGCAGCAGAGCAAAAGAGACGAGAGACAGAAGCCAAGAAGGCUAAAAAAGCAGCUCAGAAGAGUAUUGGGCUCGAGAUUGUGCAAAAGGUGAUUCGCUGGCGUCUCACAGGAGAGGAGCGACUUUUGGACGAGUUUAUGGAUAUUCGUCGAGCCAUGCAACGAGAGAUGCAGAAACAUCAAGAGAUCUACUCUGAUUGCGAUGAAUUUUACCCAGAAGGAGACAAUGAGCAGGAGCAAAUCGAUUUGAACAAGGUAUCGCCGGUGUUGGUCCCUGCAGGCAAAGUGCUCUGGAUUCGACCCACGUCCUUUGAGAAGGAGCUUGAGAAUGCAGAGACAAAGCAACAUCCCUUUGAUAGCGUUGUGCAUCAGUUUGAAUGGGAUCAUCCUAUUCGAAAGGAUCCAGGCUCAUUGCUGCUCCCAAAACCGAUCUCGCAGCAACUUCAGCAGCAUCUAGAAGACGAUCAGUCCGAUAGCGCAUCAAUCCAGUCGAUCAAAUCGACUGUCCGUUCGGGCUUGUAUCAUUCUCAUUCUUCAGCAUCUUCUUCAUCCAACCUUCUUUCAUCUUCCCCACCUUGCUUGAGCCGUACUCCUAGCCAUCAUCACUAUCAACAACAGCAGCAACAGCAGGAGCAAGGCCAGCAGCAACAGUACCUGCAUCCUCAACCACCUCGUCUUCAGCGUCAGGCUUCCUCGGAUUCUAUGGCAUCGAUCACCUCAUCCGUAUCUUUUGCAACGACGACCUCGCCUGUGUCGUUGCAACCCGGAUCACAAAACACAGACAAGCUGUUGUACCGAAUGUAUGCAGUUCCAAAGCCUGAGAACGUGUUUGAUGAGAUGUUGUUUUCGAGAAGAAUGUGGUCAGAUCAUUUGCCAUUGACAUACGAGUUUAUCUUGGCUGGUAAACAUGCCAUCCCUAUCACCAACCCCGAGGCUGCAAAAGAGAAGCAAGAUAUCGAAGCGGCUUCUGCAAGGGGACAAACCGCAGUUUAG